CGCAAAACAGGGUUGACCAUCGUAUUGUGCAAGAGUGACCCCUACCUAACUGUUGUGUGACCGCUGGCCAACUGUCCGGUGCGAUGUGAAACGCCCUCGGACUAUCUGGGGUGUCCAUUGUCCACCUCCCCUCCGCUUCUCUGAUAACCAGUUCGACAGGAGACGCAAAGAAAUGAUGGAAGUAAGUGGAGAGUCGUGGAGAGCGUACUACAGCACCACUCCGGAACAUCCGCUGAGCGCCGCCACGUCGGCAGUUCUGGGCGUCGGAGAUGACCAGCAACCGCAGGCCCUCGUCACGGAGUACUACAAGCUGCCUCCAUUAGGACAGGACUCGCAUCUUAACAUGCACAAGGAAGUGUGGUCGGCCGUCGGGGCGCUGAAGGCGGCCAAUGGCGGCCACGGGGCGGAGCUGGAGCUGUCGGGGCUGCUGCACGCCGGGCUGGUGAAGCGCGAGCCCGAGGACCUGUCCCGCAAGGUGCUCGCCGAGCCCGAGCACGCGCUCUCGCCGCGACACAAGGUGCCGGUCGGCGAGCCCGAGGCUGCAUCGCCCUCUCCGGCGCCGUCGCGAGCCUCCUCCGCCGGCUCGCUGCUCCCGGACGCCGCCAUGUACGCGGCCCAGAUGUUCGCUCCUCCGGGAACCCCCAGUCCGACCCCCUACGGGGACCAGUACUCCCGCCAGACGACCGCGUUCGCGGGAGAGCCCUACUACAGAGAGUACUUUGUGGGAGAAGGCUACCAGCAGAGAGCGGCUCCCCCGUACAAUGACACGGAGUCCACGUCUGCCUCCAACUUUGGGGAGCGCUAUGCGGCUCCUCGCUACCACAGCAAGAGUGUGAUAGCGGCCGCCGGCCUCACAGUCGACCUUCCCUCGCCUGACAGCGGAAUCGGCGCUGAUGCGGUGACUCCUCGCGAUCACCAAGCCAUCCAGCAGUCGUUCGAGUAUACGGUGAUAUGCCAGCAGCCUGUGGGAGAAGACGGGCGAGGAACCCCUGCGGCGCACCACUCCCCUGCGCAGGCGCCGCGCACACGACCCUGGCAUGACUUUGGCAGACAAAACGAUGCGGAUAAGAUACAAAUUGCUAAAGUGUUUACACCGUACGGCUUCAAAUACCACUUAGAAACAGCAAGCAGUAGUUCGCAGAGGCGAGAGGACGACAGGAUUACGUACAUCAAUAAGGGCCAGUUCUAUGGCAUCACAUUGGAGUAUGUCCAUGACCCUGACAAACCAUUGAAAAAUCAAACUGUCAAGAGUGUUGUAAUGUUAAUGUUCCGCGAGGAGAAAUCACCCGAAGAUGAAAUCAAGGCGUGGCAGUUCUGGCACGGCAGACAACAUUCUGUUAAACAACGGAUACUGGACGCUGACACGAAGAACAGCAUCGGCCUGGCCGGUUGUAUCGAAGAAAUAGCCCACAACGCCAUUGCGGUCUACUGGAACCCACUCGAGAGCGCUGCUAAGAUCAAUAUUGCCGUCCAGUGUUUAAGUACGGACUUCAGCAGUCAGAAAGGAGUUAAGGGUUUGCCACUGCACAUACAAAUUGACACAUUCGAAGAUCCUAGAGAUACACAAGUGUAUCACAGAGGCUACUGUCAAAUCAAAGUAUUCUGUGAUAAGGGAGCUGAGAGAAAAACAAGAGAUGAAGAAAGAAGAGCGGCGAAGAGAAAAAUGUCGGCGACGAACAGGAAGAAGCUGGAUGAGAUAUAUCAUCCGGUGACUGAACGUAGUGAAUUCUAUUCAAUGGCUGACUUAUCAAAGCCGCCCGUACUGUUCAGUCCCGCGGAGGACAUUGACAAGCUAGCUGGAAUGGAUAUCCAGGGAUUCUACGGUCACGAUGAGGCGGCACUGGCUGAAGCACAUCUCAAAGGAGCCUCACCGUUCCUGUUGCACGCCGCCAAGCCACAGGCACCGGCGCUCAAGUUCCACAAUCACUUCCCGCCCGAUGCGCCUGCGUACCGGUCGGACAUGGGCGGGCUGUCUCCAUACAGUGACCGUAAGGACUCUUUAGAGCUUGAAGGUGUGCUCGGGAAGCGUGCCCGGACCUCGACGCCGCCGCUGAGCGAACGUGUCAUGUUGUACGUGCGACAGGACACAGACGACGUGUACACACCGCUACACGUGGUGCCCCCCACCACACAAGGCCUCCUGCACGCUAUUGAGCAUAAGUACAAAAUUUCAAGUUCGGCAAUUAAUAACCUUUAUCGAAAGAACAAGAAAGGGAUUACGGCCAAAAUUGACGAUGAAAUGCUGGCAUACUAUUGUAAUGAAGACCUGUUCCUGCUGGAAGUACGGCCGGCGGGUUCCAGCGACGACGAGCCACUGUACGACAUCACAUUUGUCGAGAUACCUCUGGAACAUUAGCAAAACGCUCUCUAUUAUAACAGAUGAGGGUGCGUGAACGAUAUUGCGAACCUUAAAUCCAAGUCAUUCAGUUAUUGAACACUUUAAAAAGAUAUCGUUCACGUAAUAGGUUCGCCUGCCUUGCGAAUCUCAUUCAAACCCACACCAACUUGUAUGUGGCGAACCUGAUCGUACUUUUAACAUUCCAAACUUACACUCACUAUUUAUAAUUAAGGUUGUCUCAAGAUGUCGUCGAUCUCAGAUUGAAGUUUACUUAUAAGUGAUUCAUCACCAUAGCACUCAUUUUAUGAACGAAUUACACAAAUAUUGAUGAUGUUGGAAUGAAGCGUCCCGUGGACCACACUGUAUAUAUCUUAGUGCCUUAUAUUUUGUGAAUAUCAGACAAUAGUUAUGGUGAUGGCUUAAAGAUUUUAUUAAAAAUCCUGUUUUUAUAGCUCGACCUUAUGUUGAUGGUAAUAUUUUAUUGUAAAAAUUAACGAUUUCUGCUAAAGUUUAAACGCGUGUGCCAUUCAUCUGUUAACAAUCUAGAUAUAUUUAGUUAUCAUAUCAACAGGUACCUUUUAAUCUUGCCAUGAUGAUAAAGUAAGAAAUUCUUGUCACAAAUGUGUAGAUUUAGAUCUACAACAUGUAAAACGCAUUAGUGCCUUGUCAUAAUAAUUAAUUUGUAAGUUAACGGCACACAGGGAGCUAGGACAUUCAAAAUUAAUAUUCGAUUAUCACCCAUGUACUUAUUUAUUGAAUUAUUGUUCACAAUAACUUAACAUUUGCGUGGUAACACAGACAUUUAGAAUACUAAAUAUGAAAACAAAACUUUUGUUAAAUAUGCUAAUUUAAUCAUAUCUCAUAUUGAAUAUUAAUUUUGAUCGAUCAAUUCAUGCGAGAGACGCAUGCUCGACAGAUCUGGUCAUUGCUUAAUGAGUAAGUCUGUAAGAAAGAGGUUUUAUGCAAAAAUGACAAAUGUAUUUUGAAUGUUUGAUAAAGAUGCUGUUCCAAACGGAUUCCGCCUUGUUCUCUGUGUGCGCGGUCAUUUAAUUUUUUUAUUGUAAGUUUGUUAAGUCAAAUUAAAUGCCAUCCAUUUCGUUUAGGUUUAUGGAAUAAGUUUUUGCUUUAUAAGCUCGCUCAAUACAUGCACUUAGUUGUUAUUCAAGUACUUAAUUAGUAUUAGAUUCUAAAUUUAUUGUUUCCAUAUUGAAGGCGCUGUGACUAUCAAAAUAAUAAAAUUAUUAUAAUAUCUAAUUAAAUACUGACCUUAAUGAACGUAAUCCGAAUCUUAUUUUUUAAAUAUUCGCAUAUAAUAUAGAUAAUCUGUUUCAGAAGUUGAAUCGUAGACCGAAUUUGAAAUAUAAUAUACAUAUAUAAAGGCAUUGAUUAAUAAAAUGCUUAGUAAAUGGAAUUAAUAAAGUAAAUUAUAAUUUUAAAUGAGUCUCAGCUGCCAUUUUGAAUAAUUUACGAUUCGUAUAGGUAGUGUAUUCAUUUACUUAGUCAACAGUCGUGCAUCUGAACAAUAUUAACAUUUUCAUCGAAGGUAGUAUCGGAUCUAUAUAAAAGUAUACAUAUAUGCAAAAUAAAAUCGAAUUUUAUAUAUAUUAUUAGUUAUAUUUCCCUUAUUAUUAAAGUAUUCAGGGAUCUUAGAUUUUUAAUAUUAUAUCUAAUAUCUCAGUACUUAUAUAUUAUACUAUGCAACAAAAUUAUUUUCUAGUUUAUUCUCCACCGAUUUUUCUAUCUGACAGACGGAACCAGGUUCUGUUUUCUUGUACAAUUGGCCGCUAAAUCGUCCAUGUUACUGCAAGGAUAGUUACGCGCCGACUGCGGACGAUUCGACUAACUGCCAUAUUAUGACAUAGUUUAUAGUUCUUAAUGAUUUAGCGUAGUAGUUUAUUGUAGUUGUUCUAUCGUGGCAGAUGUCGCAAGUAGGGAAACAAUCGAAUUUUAAUUAGUUUACGCUAUUUACGUAUCUCUCUGUGAAUGUUAUUGUGAUGUGAUCAAUCUAUGUACCGUUGUGACGCGUUCAUUCGCCUCUGCGAUAUCGAAAUCUUCCAAUAAUUGAUAUUAUUUCACUCGUUAUCGUCUAACCACUAAGUUUAUUUGUUUAAAUAUUUCUAUAAAUGAUAUUAUAAGCGAAUGCAUUGCUCAAGGUCUGCAUUUACCUUAACACAGGGGCGGACUCUAACAUUGUUUAUAAUUUACCUACUUACGUAUUGAUGUAAUAUUUAUUUAUGUACUUAAUUAUUAUAAAUUGUGCAGCUUUAAUGUUUACUUACAAUGAUGUUAGUUCGUGAUUCUGAAUCUCGUCAUAAGUCACAAACGUCAGUAGCAAUAAAUACGUAAAUCAGAUAUAGUUAGGCGUGUCUCCGUCGCGUCGUAUUGCCAUGCGACAGACGCAUGGCGCGUGCCAGCCUUGCAUGCAUGGUGGAUGCACUGUGCACAUGCACCGUAUUCUUGUGCAAUGAUUAUUAUUAUGGUUUUGUUUAUUGUUUCGUAUGAUAGGUGAGAGAGGGCAAGCUCAAUAUAAAUAGCAGCUAAAUUUACUUUUUACACUUUUGAAAUAGAAAGUAUAUUAUACCUGCUGAUGUUUUGAAGAACUUACAGAUUUUAUUAACAUAUUAUUACUUGUGUUACUAAAAUAGUACAGUGAAAAUUUGGAGGGCACUCAAAUUGAAUAAUUGAUUAUUGUUUGUUUUUUUUUUAUAAUUUGUUUUUUGUUUUAUAUUCUAUAUCUGUGGUUGUAAAGCAAUGCCUUAUUUAUGUUUAACUCGUUAUGUUGUAAUAUUUGAACGUUGCAGCACAGAAUAAUAGAACUAACUUACUACUUAAAUUGUAAAUCAAAUUGUUAAAACAACUAAAUUUUGUAUGGAUACAAUGAAGAAUUUAAAUUAUAAUUUAAAAUACUCUGUGGAAUGUCUGUAGUCAGCAGGAAAAAAAUUAAUUUUUCUAUAUUAUUAUCCUUAAGGUGUUAAAUAUUUUAUCAGUGAGUUAGAUCAAUUCUAUGCUGACUAUUAAGCUUAUAUUAGCUUGUUGAGCCCUUUUGUUGUGACACCUCUUAGACACACAUAUUCACACUAAUGUAUUUUUUCGUGGGCGCUACAGUUUGGUGUUUCAUCUUAAAGUUCGCUUCAGUUCAAAACCUUAAAGAUUCCUGUCGUAUAACCCUUCCUGUCCAUAAACCUUUCCACCGUCGCAUAUCAAAUCCGUAUAAGCACAAUAAAAUAACACCAUUUUUAAUCAAUUCGAAAAAAUGCUUAUUAGAAUUUUCCGGCACAAAUAGAAUCAGCUGAUUCCCAGGGAGAAUUAUUUGCACGACUCUGGUAUAUUAAGAUAAAGAAUAGUGUGAGUAUUCCCAAUAUUAUGUGUGUCUAAGCUGUGUUUGUGUGGUUAGUUAUGUAGUUGUGUAGCGGUGUAGUUGUGUAGCUGUGUAGUGCGAGGUUGUGACAUGCGACGCGACGUGAGUCCGGCCCUGUUGAGAUAGUCACAAUAGUUAAUGUACUUUGGUACCGAAGUGCGCGCACUAUCGGUCACAAUAUUCAAGUACUUAAUUAUAAAGUUGAAUAGAUGUUACGUUAUUCUUUUAUAUGAAUAUUUGUAAGUUGUCAUAAAAUAUUUUUAAUAUAAUUAUUUUUAUCAAAGUUUUAUGAUCUAAAUAAAAAUGUUUUACUUCAAAACAAA